CCGGCCACGUAACUUGUCGGGAUCCGGAAAACCCGGAGACUUUCUGGAUGAAUCCAUACGGAGUACACUUCUCCCAAAUUAAAGUAUCAGACCUAGCGCUUGUAAAUAAGAAAGGCGAGAUUUUAUAUUCCAAUGGAGACACUUACAUUAACCAAAUUGGAAUAAACCUCCAUUCGAUGCUAUACGAAGCAAGACCCGAUAUAAUUUGCGCGACUCACUGUCAUAGCAUAUAUACCAGAGCGUUUUCAUCACUAGUUCGGCCGUUGGAUCCAAUUACCCAAGAUUCUUGCAUAUUCUACGAGGAUCAUGCUCUCUAUGAUUAUGGAGGUAUUACAACGAACGAUGAAGAAGGCAGGCGUAUUGCUAAAGCUCUCGGAAAGAAGAAAGCGAUCAUUCUUUGUAAUCACGGCCUAGUCACUGUCGGACAUACUGUCGAUGAAGCCGCGUAUCUUACUAUUAACAUGGAAAGAUGUUGUCAAGUACAAUUGCUGGCUGAAGCUGCAUGCCACGGAAAUGAGAAGCCCAUCCAGAUUAAUCACGAAUGUGCAAAACAAGUUCACGAGAUCGGGGGAACGAGAGAAGCUG